AUGACCAGAAAACCUGGAAUCCCAGGCCCCAAACCUGGUGCGAAUCCAGGCAAAAAGCGAAAGCAGGACAAAGACCUGUCUAAGAAUCCCCACACUAUGCGAGGCCGUGAACUACUGGCAAGCAAGAGUGACAGUGAAAAGGCUGUGAUACGUCGGAAGAAUAAUGAUAGGGCAGCCUUUGUCAGUGCCCGUCUGAAACUCCGGGCGAGUACUAGCUGGCAGGAAGCAACUAUGGAAGAACAGGAAAUAUUAGAAAUUUCACUGAAAGAUCAAGUGAUGAGGGAACGAUAUGAAAAGGGCCAGUCAGCCCAAUUUUUCUUGGAUCAGCUGGAAGGAGAGAGCAUUGACAGUAGUGUCUGGGAGACUGUGGAUUUUGAAAAUGAUACAGAAUUGUGUUAUCAUGCACAGCUGGAUGAUAUUGCUUCUCAUGAGACCAUUCCGACCACUGAGACUGCCAAGGAAGCUGAAGCGGCACAAUCAUCAGCUACAGGACAGCUGAUAAAAACUCUGCAUACCAUCACUUGGGGUCACUUUCGACUCUCCCUUCUACGCAGUCUGGCCAGUCUUGACAUGAAAUUGAAGAUUCUUGGAAAGAUGGAGUCAUGCCAUGACCCUCUCUACUAUAAUGGCAUACCAUUCUGUCUCAAGAGCAUUCUCCCAGAGAAGGUCUUCUUGAAAGAGGAACGCGCUGCAUGGUCAAUAAUGAGUAGUAUCAGUUCCAAUCCAUGGGCAACUCUCCCUGGCCCAGCUGAUUGGUGGGAGGGAUACUCUUGCCAGUCAUUGGCAAAGUUCUGGGGAUUUGCAUCUAAAGAAGAGGCAAAGGCACUCUAUCGACUUGGAAUCUACAUUAUACAAAACAAGGAGGCACCAGAAAAUGCAGGAGGGCUUAUCGAUGAGGUAAUGGGGCUACUAGAGCUUUUGCCUUGA